AGAGGCGCAGGAUUGCAGAACCACCGUCAGGGAAAGACACAUUCCCAGUGACCCUCACUGAGUCAGUGUUGUCCCUCCCGAGAUGAAGCUGCUGCUGCUGUGUCUGGGGCUGACCCUGGUCUGUGCCCACCAUGAAGACAACCAUGACGUCGUGACAAGCAACUUCGACAUGUCAAAGAUUUCCGGGGAGUGGUAUUCAAUUCUCUUGAACUCGAAUGUGAAGGAAAUUAUAGAAGAACAAGGUAUCAUGAGAAUGUUUGUGGAAUCCGUUCAGGCCUUGGAUAACUCUUCUCUGUCAUUGAAAUAUCAUAAAAAGAUCAACGGAGAGUGUGCUGAACUGACUUUCAUUUGUGAUGAAACAGAAGAGGAAGGUGUAUAUAGUGUUUCCUAUGAUGGAUACAACAAGAUUCACAUAGUUGAAGCAGACUACAAUGACUAUGUUAUUUUUUAUUUCUUGAAUUACCAAAAUGGGGAAAUCACCCAAGGGAUGGACCUGUAUGGUAGAGUAUUUUCAUGCUGAUAUU